AUGGGAUGGGCGAGUACUGCCGAUGUUGACGUUGUCAGGGUUCUCUGCGAUUUGGUGAGAUCUUCCGAGUUUGCUGGGGAUUUUCGCGUGAAGAAGAAGCAUGUGCAGGGGGGUCGGGUCAGUUUGGUAUUGCUGUUGUUGUAUGGAACGUUGGAUUGUUGUUUGGGUAUGCUGUAUAUAUUGUGUGGAAUGGAUCUGUUUGGUAUUGAAUUGGUGGGCUGGGAAUUGAGGUAUUGGGCUGCUGAAAAGAGCCAAAGGGUUGUGGCCUUGGCUCUUCCUAAUUUGCAACUUCAAGGCACAAUUUCCCCGUCUUUGGCCAAUUUGUCCUUCCUCAGUGUUCUCAAUCUCCAGAACAACAGCUUCCGCGGUGGCAUCCCUUUUGGACUUGGCCAAAUGCCUCGCUUGCGAGUGAUUGAUGUUAAAAACAAUCAACUCAACGGAAGUAUACCAACAAGUCUAUUUCAAAACCGGAGAGUUCAAGUAAUUUCAUUGGCUUUCAAUGAACUCAGUGGUAAAAUGUGGAAAGGGCCAUGGUAUGUACCCGAACUCAAAGUCUUGGAUCUCACCAACAAUAGCCUCACGGGUAUGAUCCCUCCUUCUGUUGGAAAUGCCACAAAAAUGAUGAACUUCAUUUUGUCUGGGAAUAGAGUCAGCGGCAACAUUCCAAAGGAGAUCGGUAAUCUGAGCCAACUUGCAGACUUGUCCUUGUUGGAUAAUCAAUUAACAGGUUCCAUUCCCAGUACACUGUUUAAUAUCUCGUCGCUACUUGGCGUAUCUCUGUCAUUCAAUAGGCUUUCUGGUCCUCUCUUGCUAGAUGAAGGGAAUAAUGUGUCGAAUCUGUACUUUUUAAGUAUAUUUAACAACCAAAUUUCUAGUUGCAUUCCUUCCAGCGUAUGCCAACUCACAGAGCUCAAAGUUUUGUCCAUAUCUUUCAACAAUAUAACUGGAGACAUACCAAGAAAUAUUGGUUGUUUAUCCAAGCUCGAGACGUUCUUGAUUGGCGACAAUCCAAUAAAAGGGGCUAUUCCCACUUCAUUGGGAAAUAUUUCCACCCUGCGAUAUAUUUAUUGUCAAAACAAUCAUAUAGUGGGGCAAAUUCCUUCAGAACAAGGGAAGCUAUCAAAUUUGAGGCAAUUAAACUUUGGGCAGAAUUAUAAUCUUAUUGGUCAAAUUCCAGAGGAUAUUUUCAACAUAUCUUCUUUGGAAAUAAUUGAUCUCAGUUUCAAUAACCUCUCAGGUAGAAUUCCAACCACUACAGGUCUUCCUCUUCCAAACAUUAAGGAUCUUAUCUUGGGAGACAAUCAACUGGAAGAAGAAAUUUCAUUGUUCAUAACAAAUGCUUCUAAGCUUGAGAUACUGGAUCUAGCACAGAACUUCUUUGCAGGAACUAUUCGUAACAAUUUGGGGAAUCUCCGUGAGCUGCGAGCACCGCUCCUAUAUACGAAUAAACCAACAGAGCAUAAGUUGUGA